AUGGAUCAUAACCAGUCUGUAAUCAAUGCUAUGAAUAUGAACGGACGAAUGUACAAAGCCUACAGAAGUGAAUUGGGUGGUUCAGGGUCAGAAAGUGGAUGUCUUCGUACCAUUGUACAUGUCAUGCAUUCUUCCGAUGUCUUUUUCUUUCAAGCCUGUAAAGCUCAACUCGUUUUCGCGGAUUAUUACGUUCGCAACCCUUUUCUCAAAUGUCAAGUUUUCAGCGAAUCGGGAGUGGCGGAGUUUAUUUCGGCGAUGGCGGCGGGGUGGAACGCGCAGCUUAUAGUGGAGACGUGGUCGCAGGGAGGACCUAUUGCCACCAGCGUCGGACUAGCCGUGGCGCGGUCGCACACGGGCGGACGGCACGUGUGCGUGGUUAUCGAUGAGCGGGCAAGGUCGGAGUACAAGGAGAGAAUGGGCGAGGCGGGCGUGGCAGCGGAGGUCAUGGUGGGGGAGGCGGAGGAGGUGAUGGGGGGCUUGGUCGGGGUGGACUUCAUGGUGGUGGAUUCUCGGAGGAAGGACUUUUCACGCGUGCUGAGGCUCGCAAAGUUGAGUGACAAGGGGGCUGUGUUGCUCUGCAAGAACGCGAACUCAACCUCCAAGGGUUUCAAAUGGCGGAGCCUGUUGGCGCAGGGUUCUUCGCGGCGCGUGGUUCGUUCGGCGUUUCUUCCCGUGGGGAAAGGACUCGACAUGGCUCAUGUGUCUGCCUCUGGUGGUAGUAGCACGAGACGUAGAUGGAUUAAGCAUGUUGAUCAACGAUCAGGGGACGUGCAUUUCAUUCGGAGAUGA